AUGCCUUCUGCCAUUGACAGCAUCCCAAUUGCCUCCUUUGAGACAAUCAACUACUCCGCUCUUGAGAGACGAGAUGCGAAAGAGAUUGAAAAGCUCAUGGGUGCAAGCCGUACAGCCGGAUUCUUCUACCUAGACUUUGACCGUAGUGGUGCCGCUGGUCUACCCAAGAAGAAGAAAGAAGUUCUCAAGGCAAUGAAGGAAUAUUUCAGUCAGCCUGAUGACAUCAAGCAACUUGACAGCAAAGGCGUUCCUACGCGUGGAUAUGUCAAGAAAGGCACCUUCACCGCCGUUGACCCCAGCCGCCCUGACGAAUCUUUUGAACAUCUUGCUAUUGGAACGCACGAUCUGGGAACUAAUAUAGCUUCCACGCUCCCUGCAGUGUUCAAGAAGGCUGGAACGCUCAUCCCCGACUACGUAGCUCUUUGUGAGCGUGUAGUCGACGUUCUGCUGGACUGCUACUCACAGGCUCUAGGCGUCCCUGGUCAGUUCCUGGAGUACCACGACCACGAAAAACCAUCCGAUACCAUCCUUGCCAUGCUGAGCUAUCCUGGAAAGCUCACCCAUCAAAAGCAUACCGAUCUGGGAUCCUUGACUGUUCUCUUCAGUGAUGAGUGGGGACUUCAGGUUGUUGAACCCAGCAACGGCAAUUGGGAGUGGGUCGAGCCGCGGGAGAACGACGCCGUCAUCAAUGUUGGCGACACUCUUCGCUUCCUGUCGGGAAAAACCUUGUAUUCCUGUGUUCACAGGGUCAUCAGAGAUGGUCGUGCUAGCGAUGAGGGGCAUAGAUACUCCAUCGCAUAUCUGCUGCGUCCUGGUGAUGACGUGAGCUUUGUCGACGCCGAUGGGUCCAGGAUCACCGCCCAGUCCUUUGCCGGUAUCAAGUACAAAGCUUAUUCUGCGGACCAUGCUGAGCAGGACAAGAAUACGGUCCUGACUGGUGGAAUGGAACAGGUACUUGGUGUCCGCGCCUAG